AUGUCGUCGGUGAAGACGCAUGCUGCGAUCACUACGAAGUCGAACGCGGCAGAAUCGGACAAGGUCACCGAUAAAGAGCAUCCCAAAAUUGUUGCCGGCCACCGCCCACUCGUGUUCAAGGGCUACCAGCUCACGUCGUGGAGGCACCUCGUCGGACGCAUGCAGGGUGGCGAAAUCCCCAAGUUCGAGUAUACGCUCGCUUCAAAAGGCGCGCAGAUGGUCUCAACGACCGGGAAGAAGCUCGUCGGUAUCACGGUCGACAGGGAGGUCGUGUCAGGCGCGAACCCUAUGGCGGCGGACGCGCUGGGCUCGAAGUUCAUCGCGAUGUUGAGUGUGUGA